AUGGGAUCGCAAGUGUCUACUCCCAUUCCCGCUGCGGCGGCAAUUGCGCAGCCACCAGCACCCGCGCUCUCCGAUGCGUCCUCGAAGCCCAAGCCCUGCUGUGUCUGCAAGGACGAAAAGUCAAAACGCGACGAGUGCAUGCUCUUCUCCAACGCCGCCGACCCGGCAAAGGACUGCCAAUCGACCAUCGACCAGUACCGAUCUUGCAUGAAGGGCUUCGGCUUUGAAGCGAGCGUCAAGUAA